CCGGGCUCUGGGUUGUGUGGAGUCGUGCAUCGUUUGGGCUCGCCGGGCCGGAUCGAUGGCGGCGGGGCUGCUGGGCGGCUUGGGGUCGGAGCGAAAGCUGGCCCGCUCGGUGGCUCAUCGGCUAAAGUAUUACAUUGAGGUGCAGAGAAAGGAAAACUCCUUCCAGUCGUCAGGCCUCACCUGGGAUGAGGUUGAAAACUUCUAUUUGCACCCUGCUUACCUGACUGAGCAGAGGACAAAGGAACAUAAUUUUGCCAAGAUUAAGCUGGAAGCAUUUCUCCGAGCCUAUAUCGGCAGUGCUGAAGAAUGUAACAGGAAAGUCCAGGGAAACCUGGCCAAGCAAAAGGAGGUGGAAAAGCUUAUUAAAAAGAUGGCCCGAGAUUAUGUACCUGACAGAAUAAAUGAGGUGAAAAUGAAGAGCAGAACGAGGCAAAACAAGAAGUCUUGCAGCCUCUCGAAAUUAUAUUUGAAUGCUGUGCCGCCAUUGUCCCCGGAAGAAGUGAAAAGACUGGUGUCAUCGGCAUCCAAGCUUAUCGUCGCUGCGACUUCGAAAAUGUCUCCUGAAGAAAUAGAAAAAACUCAAGAACGUAAGAGAAGGGAGACGAAAAGUGUUAAGAGUUUCAGCGAUGGUCGCAAGAAGGAUUUUUCAACCAUCCUUUUUCAUGAGAAUCAGGCAAGAAGAGGCCAACAAACAAGACAAAGCGAUAAAGAGUUCAAGAGGAAGGCCAAAGCUUCAAAUGCUUCCAGUAUCACUCCUGCUAAAUCGAAGAGAAUUUUUUCCGUGGCCGCUUGGAAUACCCCGCAGAAGGCCUUUGUACCCUCUUUGAAAGGUACAGAUAACGUUGGCGUGCAUUCUUACACACCAUUUAAAAUCAGAAGACCGGAGUCCUCUUCCAAACCUGGUGAAAGUAUUUCAGGCAAGAACUGUCCACCUAGAAAGCCUCCGGCUGCAGGACCAAGCCAGACACUUGGAUCCAAAGCCGAUGAAGAUCGGCUUCAAUGCUCGGUCGUCUUGAAAGCCAAAGAGCAGAAAGUGUCGAAAGGAAAUUGCACCCGCCCCUCUGCCAGAUCAACAGCUGAGAUUUGCAGCAGCCAGCAUUCAACCACCAGAAAAAAGACCAGAAAGCAAUUCAGUUCCGAAACGAUUUCCAGAUCCUCUAUCCUGAAAAGGGUCAGCGAUCCUAAACCCCACCACACCAACGACCCCAGAGGAAAGCUUGUGAAAUGCACCCAAAGGAACGGCUCUAAAGGUGAACGGAAAAGCAGCGAUUCACUACCCCGAACCGCUUCCAAAUGCCAUCAGGUCAACUUUGCCAAUUGGCAAUCUCUUGGCUUGGAGAGGGAUAGAGUAAGAGGCUCUCAGGGCGACGGUGAUGGUGACACUGCCGCCACUGCACCUCCCACAGAGAAAUGUGGGCUCACAGAAGGAUGCAACGGUGAUUGUGUUUCUACAGUCCAACAAGGACCGCCUUUUCUGCACGAGCUUUGCCAGGAAAUGACUCGAGAAGUACCUGCUGAUCGGACCAGGAGCGAAUCUGACCAGUCGUUCUCUUCGAAGGAGCCCAGAGACACCCGUGCGGGAGGGGAUCGUGUCGAUAGCUCACCAAGUCGAGAACGUGUGUUAGAGUCCAAGUCCUGUAAACGAGAGGCGAUCUGUAUCCCGCCCAUGGCUCCAGCUGGUUGCCGUUGUUCAGAACUGCCAAGUUACUGCGUGUGUGAAAUCAAGGAAGGGCAAGAGAUCGGAUUUCCUGGGAAAACUGCAGCGCUUUUGAAAAGUUUGGACGGGGAACAAUCCAACGACGAGUUUACCAACACGUCUCUCUCGAGCAGCACCAGAUCGUCCGGCUGGUUCUGCGAACAUAUGGGUGAAAACAUUACACUGAAGGAGGGCAUCAACCCCAAGAUGGAAACGUUCCUUCAGAAACUUCUGAAGGCUCCCGAAAAUGGCACCAUCCCACAGGAAGUGUCCCAUCAGUAUGAAAAACAGAAAUAAAAAUCUGUUAUAUUUUCCUUG